AUGGCUGAGAAGGACUUGGCGUUGCAGAACUCUGCUGCUAACAAAGGCGCGGGAGAAUGUGGAUCGAAUGUAGCGUGUUCCAAGGCGCUUGUCUGGGCGCGAUCACGCGAGAUCGCUGCGGCGCUGGCGCCAGCAUCAUCGGCGUGGAGCGGCGAUCACCCGGUAAUCGGCGGCAGAGAUGGAGUGAUCGCCCUUGCGUGCUCAGCGCCGCUAGAAACGCACGAGUGGCGCCUGGACAAGCGCGACGCUCUUCUACUUCUUCUCCUUCUACAAGGUUCGCUCAUCGCCUCAGGCGGUGGAGCUCCUCCACCACCUUACCAUGGUGUCGAUGCUACGCUUCGGGGACUGGCAGGAGCAGCGGAAGGAUUUGGUGCCGCUUCGAUCGGUGGCCUCGAAGGCGAUACUUAUUCCGUCACCAAUCUCCUUGAUGACGGUCCUGGAAGUCUUCGUUAUGCUGCUGCUCGAGACGAGCCACUCUGGGUUGUGUUUAACGUUUCAGGAACAAUUUCUCUAGCGUCCCCGCUCAGAGUCACGUCCCACAAGACGAUCGAUGGCCGCGGCCAACGGAUCAAAAUCACUGGAAACGGUCUGCUCCUGCAGAGCUGCGAGCAUGUCAUCGUAAACAAUCUCGAGUUUGAGCGAGGCCGCGGCGAUGCCAUCACAAUUGUCGCUGACGCCAAAGACGUGUGGAUCGAUCGCUGCACGCUCUCGGACUACAAUGACGGCCUCAUUGACAUCACGAGACGGAGCACUCGCGUGACGGUUUCCAGAUGUCACUUUUAUCGGCACAAAAAAACGAUGCUUAUCAGUGCCAAUCCUCGUCACGUCGGGGAUAGAAACAUUAAAGUUACAAUCCACCAUUGUUACUUUGAUCAGACGCAAGAACGACAUCCUCGAGUGAGAUUCGCGAAAGUCCAUCUUUACAACAACUACUUUCGGGAGUGGGGGGUGUAUGGUGUUCGCGCUAGCGUGGAAGCUCAGAUUGUCUCGGAGCACAACGUUUAUGAGGCCGGAACCAGCAAGCGUGCUUUCGACUAUUUUAUUGAAAAGGCUCCCGAUAGUGAUAUAGCCGUUGCUGGCAGCAUCAGCUCUGAUGGAGAUGUGUUUCUCAAUGGAGCCGAAGGCCCAGCAAACUCCACUGCCUUCCUUCCAGAAGAUUACUACUCGGUGAAUCCCAAAGUGCAACCGGCAGGCAAGCAGCUUGUCAGAGUGAUCAGGGAGACGGCUGGGUGGCAAAACAUACCGCUUCCCGGCAGCUAGUCCGUCAAGAAAAGCGACUCGCGUUUUGAUGAGCACCACCGUUGUCAUCACCAAGCGUCUUACUGCGCAACGAGAAGCUAAAUUCCGAAGAAGGAAAAGCCUGCCGGAUCAUGGGGACGGUAUGGUGGAGCUCACGAACUCUGGAGUCGGUUCCUUCACGCGAGCAGCCUGAGAGCCACCGCCCAUUCCAGUGAGACUGGAAUUUACGUUUUUUUUUUACUCGGCUCUAGAAGGUACGCUAAAACACAGGUCGCGAAGAAUCGACCAAAUCUCGACCAACUUCGGACCGAGCCAAGCGAGAAACGAGCCAUUGAUUCCAUCCAAGACCAAGUUAAAGAGACCCGAGUGAAGAAGAUGGUAGGAAAAGUUUAUCUAUCUUUUCUUAACAAAGAACUUGUGUGUCAGGUUGACUA